AUGCACAUCUCACCCCCAGUGUACGGGCCCCCUCUCUCGACACUAUCCCUCCUCCGCCUCCUCUUACUCCUCCUGCUCAGCAACAUCGUCCUCGGCAGCACAACAACCACUCUGACCCCGACCACAACCAACACACAAAAUCAAAGAAAUGAACCAGCGGCACCCCCGAACCGCGCCUACAAGGUCCCGCACCUAACCAUCACUCCGGCCCCGGACCCGGUCUUCGCAUCGCACCGUCUUCUCCGCGCCCGCCAAGGCGACCCCCGGUCCUCGGACGGCCGCACGAAUUUCAUCGCGUGGUACUCCCAGUCCGGCGCCUGGGUAUCGGCGACAUGUCCGGCAGACAAUUACUUUGCUGCGGAUAGUAAGUUUGGGGUCUGCUGUCCGCGGAACAAUCCCUUCUGUGAGAUGGCGACAUCGUGUGGCGGGCCGUUUGGGAAUUAUGCUGUUGGGCCGACUGGACAGGCAGACUGUGGACCGAGCAACACGUGCGACACAAUCACCAUGCUCCAAACGCAAGGCAGCACCGACGCGAGGAGAAUUAUCUUCUGCAUCGCCAUGUCGGAGCUCUACGUUCUCCCCAUGACUUGGUACCGCGUCACACAUCCACGUAAGCACCCCGGUCCCUUUCCCCUUGACCCCGUUACAAGCCUCCGUCGCAACAGUAACGGUGACCCAAAGCACAACGGUGACGGCGACUCCCCGGGCCGGAGGGAGCCGCAUGAGUGGGCAAGCCAGCAGCCCCUCACGUUCGCCGCCUGCCAUGAUAGCUCUGGUGGUGGCUGCGAUGAUCUCGUGCUUGGCUCUUGCUGUACCAUGAGGAAGCCUUCAUGA